UUGCUAAGUUAUGAACGUUUUAUUUCAACUUAACCUUUUUACUGGAAACCCUCACAAUGACAUUAACCAUUUUACAGUAAACCGUAUUUGUAUUUAGAACAGCAAUAUGGCAGGAAAUUAUGGAAAAUUCAAAGACAGAAGCCCAAUAAUUUGCGCAGCGGGAAAAUCAUCGGGAGACGUAAACGAGAAUGUGCCCUCCGUCUUAAAGCAAUACAAAGUGGUGGACGAGAUCGAAGCGCUUAAGCAUGACGCUAAAAUUUGGAAAGAAGAGGAAUUUAAACUACCCAGAAAAUUGCCGCCGAUCCAAAAUAAGCAAUUUUUGGGAACAAAUACAGAGAUUAGUACGAUUCUAAGACCUCCAACAAUGACAAGAUAUCAACAGCUAAUCCAAGACCUAAAAGAUACACCCUAUUCUUCAUAUUGGAACGCCCAAAUUGGAAAAAGUAGAGACCCUACUCCAGGAUUACCAAUUGGAAUGAUCCCGGUGGAAACUACUUUUGGUGAACCUUCGAAAAAGGAUAUAACAGUAAAAGAAUUGGUGAACCCGCCAAAAGGACCAUAUGAGGUUUUAAGAGAAAGUCAGGUUGGUCAUGAGAUGUAUAAGAAGACUCACGAUGACUACAAUCCUUCUGAGAGAAUCUGUAGGGGAUAUAGAAGCCCGCCCUACGAUUCUCAUAAAUGCUUCGGCGGAAGAACUAAAUACGACCCUAGAGGAAUAUGGGUGAAAUGCGCCUGCGAUUGGUACAAAAAAGAGCCGCUCGUCCACGCCAACAAAUAUCAGUCAGAUUUUUUUAAUAGGACCAAACCGCAACUGGGGAAAGUGCUCGCACCGAAUAACAAUAUUGAUUGUGUACCAAAAGGCCACGUCUUCGGAGAUCCUUCCAAACAAGACUUUUACACUGUUGAGGAUCUUUUAAAGGAUUCAAAUGUCCAGCCGUGCGUUUUUAAGAGGGAUUUUUAUGAAUGGCUGGCGUCUCUCAAUAAGGUGCGGAUUUUAAUCAAAGAAAAGACGAAACAUGGGUUUAAUUUACAGGAAACCUUUAAAAGAGCUUUGCAUUUGGAUACUUUAAAGUCUGGCCUAUUACCCCUCGAAAUUUUAUAUGAAAUAUUCGGAUAUUAUCACAUUUUGUUACCAAAUGAGCUGAAAUAUCUUUGUGAUCACCUCAACUACAUCUCAGACGGUAAAGUUAUUUAUAGGAAAUUUAUUGAUCUUCUUGACAUUAACAAGGAUCCAAACGAUAUAAGAAGAAUCGAUGAUAUCCCAGAAAAAAGCAAAUAUUACAUCUCCACUUCUCAGGCCGCCAGUUGCGACUAUUUGUUCAUAAAUAAUACCAAUUUGCCUCCCGCUGGUGUUCCCUCGGUAAGGCAAGAUUUACCGCGACCUGUGGCUCCUCCUGGGGGCUGUAGAGCCGAUAUAGAAAAUUUGGGUAACGAAUCGUCGGCCAAAUCAGCGCUAAAUCCCAGUAUUUACAUCAACUACGGGUUGAAUUAUAGAGACUUUUUCUUGCCUAGAUCACCUGAAGUUAUGCGGUCCCUAUUUGAAAAAAUCGGCUACAACUUUCCAGGAGACAAUUUCCAAAAACUAUGGGACAUGGGAGUCAAAAUAGAUCGAACUGGGCAAGUAUGCGUUGACACUUUUAAAAAACUCGUGCAAAAUCGUUGUCCCGGUUUAAAACUACGCGUGGACGAAAAGCAGAUCGAAUGCGACAGGGGAUUUCCUUAAACAAUGUUAUUUUAUUACACUAUAUUUAUUAUAUACAUAAAUAAAAUGUGAGUUUCUAAAAACUA